AAAAUAAAUAAAUAAAUGUUUAGAAGAGAAACGGUUCGGGUUGAAUUGCUUCAACCCAAAUCAGAGACCUAGGAGAAAGCCUCUUCCCUCACUCUCUCUCUCUCUCUCUCUCUCUCUCGCUUUCUGAUUUCUCGACGGUGCCAGGAAAACGCAGAAUUUGGUGAAUAGGAUAAAGGAAAGAGAUGGAAGAUGUGAUAACAGCCAUUCCCCCACCUUCAAGGUUCUUUUUGGAAGAUCUUAAUAACUUCACUCCUCCAUCACCACCUCUUCCACCUCCUUUCCUCCUAUUCUCUACCCCUAACCCAAACAAACCGAUUUGCCCCUCACUCCUCAUCAUUGCCUCGUCUUCUCCAUCUCUUCAUUUCUUCCACUACGUGUCCUCUAAAACACUAAUAGGAACCCUCAUCCUUCCUGAGAUCCCCUUCUCUGGCAAUUCUAUCAAACCCUCUCUCAGAGACAAAUCGUGCAAUGUUUAUGCCCUCAACAACGAUGACAAUAAUUUGAUUGUUGUUGUCUCUGUCCAGUGCCCAAUUGCUGCAGAGAGAUCUCAUGCCGUCGCAAAGUUGCUGAUUGGUGAACAGAUUGUUCCGGAAAAGGUGUUGAUUUUGGAUUCAAUUCAAAGCAGAAACUUCCGGGGUAAGCUCUCACCAGACGAAACAUUUGCCUUCAAGCUGGAAACAUCACAACAAAAAAAGGGAUUGCUGUUAAAAGGUGUAGACUAUUUUCCAUCGGGAAGUGUAGUGGAUGGAUUGAGUGCUGCUCUAUUGGGUCGAUGCCAGAUGAGGACGAUCAAGGGAACUCUUUGUGUUUCAUGGCCUGAAUUUGGUGGUUCUGUGGCGUCGGUGGUCAAGUCUUUGCUGCUCAAGGAUGUUGUACCUGGCUUGGAAUACAGUAUUGAUGGUGAAGUUGAGGACGUUUGUUUGAGGAUUGGUCGAAUAAAUGAUCAUCCUCUUGAUUCCGAGUUAUAUACCUGAUGAGUUUGUCACUCCUUCGACAUGUACACCAUCUUCCUCUUUUAUAUAUAUUUUUUCAUAGUUUUUUUGGAGGUUGGGGAAGGUGGCAAGUAUCGAACUGUUGUGAUCUCAUAGGUCCAUGUUCUUCUACAUUUUUGUGAGAACUUCAGCACAGAUUUUGUGAACUUUAUCCGGAUGUCACUAUAUAUGUUAACAUCCUGUCAUGAAAGAUUUUUUCUCCACAUUUUGUUAAUUAGGCAGUUUUUAUUGUACUUGACUAAUAAUUAUGGCCAUUAAAGAUCCGAGUUACUGAGCA